GUCUUUUGUCCGUCAAAGACUGACCAUAGAAUUUACCAAACUUUUACUAGCAGACGAAUUUGCAAGGAUAACACUUAAGGCAUCCGAAAACCAAAUAAACAAGAAAGAAAUUUAAAGGACUCAGCUAUCCUUUGAGUCGUAAAAGUGUCUGAAACGAAGAUAUCUAUCCUUUUGUCCAAUACCUCAAAACUUGAAGCGUUUGCCGCAUGAUGAAUUCUUACCUUGUAGGUUUCCACGCUUUGGAAAAGCGUUACUGGGUUUCUUUUCUCGUAGUUUCUGUCACAGUUUUGGUAGGUAUAGUAAUUCGAAAGAAGACACAAAAGACCGAAGAAGUCAUUAUCGUUAAGUACAAGGAUGAACAACUGAAGUUUGUUUUCCGACAACCGAGACUUGCCAAAGUAUCUUAUUCAAGUCUUCUCCAGCGGGUUUGCAGAGCUUUUUCUGUUGCUCCUGAAAAGGUCUAUUUGGAGUCUGAGGGAAAACAGCUUCAAGAUGCCUCUCUUGCUCAGCAAAAAGUGGGAGACGGAUCUGUAUUGCAUUUGAAGCCAGUUCCUCUUAGUCCUGCGUUACAGCAGAUUGAAGUGUACAGAACAGACCUGGAGAAGGACAUAGUUCCUCUCGUUCAACAGUAUUGCUCUUCCCCUCCUUCUGAUGCGCUUGCUAUUGAAGACGCUCAUGUUCGUCUCACAGAGACUUUGCUUGGUAGGAUGAUUCGUCUCGAUGCUAUAGAUGUUCAGGACGACCCUGAUGCACGUAUGAAACGAAAAGAAGCAGUUCGAUGGACCCAAAGUUUUCUGCAAAAAUUAGAUGUAGCAAAAUCUGACUCUCUAAAGGAGUUGAAAUAA